UUCUAGGAUUUGGACUCCAGCUCUGAGGGCGAUGAAAGCUCGGACGAUGACAGCGCUCUGGAGGGAGACUUGAAUGACGAGACACCGAGUGACCAGAGAUGCUCCGAGCUGCCCUCCCACCGAGAUGAAAACCACCUCCAGACGAGCGACUUCCAUAAGCAUUACCUCAACUGCUCUAGGAAAGGCCAAGAAGGCCACUCUAGUAUGGUGGACAGGCUUCUGGAGAAAUACGGGAUCGGCAUUCCCAACCAUGAUCCACGCCUCUAUGCCGCCACAGCAGCCAAUACAAAGUCUAUAGCUGGAUACUCCAUCCUAGCCUUCCCUGACUUCUGGGGACACCUGCCCCCACAAGAGCAUGAGCCCAUGGCUAAAAGACCACCACAUUUGCAGAGAAAGAAAGUUUACGAAGACAUCCAGCGUCUCAUCUGUCCAGAGGACAUCAUCAACAAGGUUAUUUUUGACAUGGAUGAUCACAGUCCACAGUGUCCCCCCGAUAUGUGUCCCAGUUCCCUUCGCUUCUUCUCCAAAUUUGAGAGCGGGAACCUGCGAAAAGCCUUUCAGGUCCGCAGUCAUGAAUAUGAUUUGAUUCUCAAUGCUGAUGUCAACUCCUCUGCACACUGUCAAUGGUUCUACUUUGAAGUCAGUGGCAUGGUGGCCGGCGUGCCUUAUCGUUUCAACAUCAUCAAUUGUGAGAAAGGAAACAGCCAGUAUAACUAUGGCAUGCAGCCUGUGCUGUAUUCUGUUAGGGAGGCGCUGGAGGGCAGACCACACUGGGUGCGAACAGGCUCUGAAAUCUGCUAUUACAGAAAUAAUUUCUGCGCUAGAAGAGGUAAAAAAAGUUCUUUCUACACGCUGACAUUCACGGUGACCUUUCAUCAUGAAGAUGACGUGUGCUACUUGGCCUACCACUACCCUUAUACCUACACCACCCUUCAGACCCAUUUGAAAAUGUUGGAGAAGUCUGUAGACCCACAGAAAGUUUUCUUCAGGCAACAAAAUCUCUGCGACACGCUGGCGGGAAACUCCUGCUCCUUAGUCACGAUCACAGCCUGCCCCACUUCCAGAGCCUGGAAACAUCUGCACCAGCUGCGCCAGCGUCAGCUUGGCACAUUGCAACCAUUUAGGGCAGUUCGCAUGAAUCAUCGGCCCGACGUCUGGCACGGAUCAGGCUGCGCUCAGCACAGUUGA